UUAUCAGUCUCUUAUCUAACAGUCAUAUUAUGAUACCAUAUUAUUGUACACACACCAUAUUAUUGUAUGUUAUAUCAUUGUAAACUUGUUUUUCGUAUUCGUGAAAUAUCUUAUAAACCCAGAUGUUAGAUUAGUCGUGUUUUUAACGUACAUUUGUGUUAUUUGGUCCUUUUUAUAUUUUAUAAAAUAAUUAUGUGUCGUGUAAUUCUCGAAGAAGUCAUUUCACCUAACAGACGAAUUUUACAAAAUGCUGAGAUAAUUGAGUCACCAGUCGUUCGGGAAGCUAACCCUGACACAAUUAUAUACUUGAGGUGGUUAUAUCAAGAAUUUGAACGUACUCGUGGAUCUGGUGAGAGGGUGUGGGCUUGGUAUGUACAAGCGAGAACUUUUGCUCGACAAUUCAAUAUUGAAUUUCGAGUAUUGGUUAUGCUGUUGCAUGAUAAUCAUUAUGAUUCUUCAAUUCCGCAAGAUGAGGCUAUAAUUCAGUUAUCGUUUCAUGAGUUGAUGCGAUCAGCUGUUAGAAUACGUAGACAUACCCAAUACUACGUCAUAAUGCAGUUUGUGUACGGCCUCAGGAGAAUAGUGGUUUUUGAUUCUGAACGUAUUAGGGAAAAAUUGGAAAUGGAUUGGACGUUGAAUGUUCUUACCAUGCUAUCAUAUUUAGAUUUAGAUCUUGAUACUUCACGUUUUAUUUUACAUAGAAUAAGAAAUCUGAAUUAAAAAUUAUCUAAUAAAUAAUAUUUUCCUUAUAACCAU